AUGACGGGUCAAGUGCAAGAUUCACACAGGCUUUCUGUGAAAACAUGGACAGAUGAGGAGAGUGACCGAGCUGACAGCAAUCUUAGCAGAGCACAGUCGAUGUGUGACGACACUUCCUCAGAGCUUCAGAGAAUGGCGGCCAUUGACAGAAGAGAUAUUAAUUCCCAGAAUUCCUUGCAUGGGCGAGGUGCUCUGUCCAGGAUAGUUAGUAUGGUGAUGACUCUGAGAGACUGGGCGCAUAAGAGUUUGGCUGACGAGACUGAACGCCCAGAUUCCUUCUUGGAACGCUUCAGAGGCCCCGUCAACACUGACGUGCAAGACCCUCCCAGCAGGUUCAGCCAUACUGGCUCUGACACAGAUCAUGAAAUCAGACGCUCCAGACACACGAGGUGGAAGUGUAAUGUCGAGGUCUUAUCACCUUCUGAUGACGCAUACUACCACUGGCUGAUGCUGAUUGGUGCUGCUGUUUUUUAUAACUGGACCCUACUGGUUGUCAGGGCCUGUUUUGAUGAGCUCCAGAUGCGGAAUGUGUUGGUGUGGCUGGUACUGGACUACAUCUGUGAUGGAGUCUAUAUCCUGGAUAUAGCUGUUCGUCUCCACACAGGUUUCUUGGAUCAAGGCUUGAUGGUGAAAGAUGUGCGGCGUCUGAGAGAAACUUACGUUCGAACCUUGCAGUGUAAAAUUGACAUUUGCUCCAUCCUUCCAACUGACCUGCUGUAUCUAGCUGUUGGAAUGAGCUACACUCCUCUUCUUCGAUUCAACCGGCUGCUGCGUCUGUCACGUCUGUUUGAGUGGUUUGAGCGUACCGAGACACGAACGUGCUACCCCAAUGCUUUCCGCAUCUGUAAACUGGUGCUGUACAUCCUGGUGAUCAUCCACUGGAACGCCUGUGGAUACUACAGCUUCUCCAAGGUCCUCGGACUGGGCUCUGAUUCUUGGGUGUAUCCCAAUGCAUCAGAUCCCGAGUUUGGCUCCCUGACCAGAAGUUACAUCUACUGUCUGUACUGGUCCACUCUGACACUGACCACCAUUGGAGAGACCCCUCCUCCUGUUAGAGAUGAGGAAUAUUUGUUCCUGAUAUUUGACUUUCUGGUUGGGGUUCUGAUUUUUGCCUCCAUUGUGGGUAACGUUGGAUCCAUGAUCUCCAAUAUGAAUGCCACAAGAGCAGCCUUUCAGGGCCGCGUGGACACCCUGAAACACUACAUGCAAUUCAGGCACGUCAGCAAGGUGCUAGAGCAGCGCGUCAUCCGCUGGUUUGACUACCUCUGGACCAAUAAGAAGACAAUAGAUGAACAGGAAGUGCUGAGGAGCCUGCCCAAUAAACUGAGAGCAGAGAUUGCUAUUAAUGUUCACCUGGACACACUGAAGAAGGUGCGUAUUUUCAAGGACUGUGAGGCAGGCCUCCUUGUAGAAUUGGUAUUAAAACUUCGACCGCAGGUUUUCAGCCCUGGAGACUACAUCUGUAGAAAGGGAGAUGUGGGUAAGGAGAUGUACAUAAUUAAAGAUGGCCAGCUGGCAGUGGUGGGGGAAGAUGGAACAACCCAGUUUGCUGUUCUGACAUCAGGAAGCUGCUUUGGUGAAAUCAGCAUCCUGAACAUCAGCGGCAGUAAAAUGGGGAACCGACGUACGGCUAAUAUUCGCAGUCUGGGAUACUCCGACCUGUUCUGCCUUUCCAAACAAGACCUGAUGGAGGCGCUUCAGGAGUUCCCCCACGCCAGGGCCCAGCUGGAGCAGAGGGGGCGGGACAUCCUGCAGAAGGAGGGGCUUCUAGAGGAAGUAAAUGUGUCUGCAGGGGAGGACCUCGAGGAGAAGGUGGAGAGGCUGGAAACCAGUCUGGAUCGGCUACAGACGUGUUUGGCCCGUCUGCAGGGCGAGUUCAACUCUUCCCAGCUUCGACUGAAACAGCGAAUCACAACCCUCGAACACAACGUCACCACAGUGGGCACAGGCAGCGGCUUCCUGUCCGACGCCGACGGCAACGAGAGUGUUUUUGGUGGUGACGGCGUUCGCAGUGAAAUUAACAUCCGGUUCUGA